AUGGCGGAGGGAAGCAGCAGGGAGGCCACCAAGCCAUUGCCGGAGGCAGAGAAGAGGAAAGACCAGACCCUCCCGUUCCACAAGUUGUUCUGCUUCGCUGAUAAGUACGAUUGGAUGCUAAUGGCCUGCGGCAGCAUCGGAGCCAUCAUCCACGGCUCCUCCAUGCCCGUCUUCUUCCUCUUGUUCGGCGAAAUGGUUAACGGCUUCGGCAAGAACCAGUCCGAUUUGCCCACCAUGAUCCACGAAGUCUCCAAGUACGCUCUCUACUUCGUCUAUCUCGGCCUCAUUGUUUGCGUAUCAUCCUACGCAGAGAUUGGUUGCUGGAUGUACAGUGGGGAGAGGCAAGUGAGCAGCCUGAGGAAGAAGUAUUUGGAAGCGGUGCUGAAGCAAGACGUGGGGUUCUUCGACACGGAUGCGAGGACUGGGGAUAUAGUGUUCAGUGUCUCAACGGACACUCUCCUAGUCCAAGACGCCAUUAGUGAGAAGGUGGGCAAUUUUAUACAUUACCUGUCGACGUUCCUAGCGGGGCUGGUGGUUGGUUUCCUGUCAGCAUGGAGGCUAGCGCUGCUCAGUGUGGCGGUGAUCCCCGGAAUAGCAUUCGCCGGCGGGCUCUAUGCCUACACUCUCACCGGACUUACCUCCAAGAGCCGGGAGUCGUAUUCUCAGGCGGGCAUAAUUGCAGAACAGGCCAUUGCACAGGUUCGAACAGUUUACUCGUAUGUUGGGGAGAGCAAAGCCUUGAAUUCCUACUCAGAUGCGAUACAGAACACCUUGAAGCUUGGUUACAAGGCUGGAAUGGCCAAAGGGUUGGGGCUUGGAUGCACAUAUGGCAUAGCUUGCAUGUCAUGGGCCCUUGUUUUCUGGUAUGCUGGUGUUUUCAUCAGGAACGGUCAGACUGAUGGAGGAAAGGCCUUCACUGCAAUUUUCUCUGCAAUUGUGGGUGGAAUGAGUUUGGGGCAAUCGUUUUCGAACCUUGGUGCCUUCAGCAAAGGUAAAUCAGCUGGAUACAAGUUGAUGGAGAUAAUCAACCAAAAGCCUUCCAUAGUCCAGGACGCAUUGGAUGGGAAAUGCUUGGAUGAGGUUACUGGGAAUAUCGAGUUCAAGGGUGUGACUUUCAGCUAUCCAUCUAGGCCAGAUGUUAUCAUCUUCAGAGAUUUCUCAAUCUUCUUCCCUGCUGGCAAGACUGUUGCUGUUGUAGGUGGCAGUGGGUCAGGGAAAAGCACUGUUAUUUCCCUGAUAGAGAGGUUUUAUGAUCCUAGUCAGGGGCAGGUUUUGUUGGAUAAUGUGGACAUAAAGAGUCUGCAACUCAAGUGGUUACGUGAUCAAAUCGGAUUGGUGAACCAGGAACCAGCUCUCUUUGCCACCACCAUACUUGAGAAUAUUCUCUACGGGAAGCCAGAUGCAACAAUGGAUGAAGUAGAGGCUGCUGCCUCCGCUGCAAAUGCUCAUAGCUUCAUCACGCUGCUUCCCAAUGGAUAUAAUACGCAGGUGGGAGAGCGAGGAGUUCAGCUUUCUGGUGGUCAGAAACAGAGGAUAGCAAUAGCAAGAGCUAUGCUGAAGAACCCAAAAAUUCUUCUCCUAGAUGAAGCAACAAGUGCACUAGAUGCUGGAUCUGAGAGCAUUGUUCAAGAAGCAUUGGAUCGACUCAUGGUAGGAAGGACAACGGUCGUAGUUGCUCAUCGACUGUCCACCAUCAGAAACGUCGAUACCAUUGCAGUCAUUCAACAAGGGCUAGUUGUAGAAACAGGAACCCAUGAAGAACUGAUUGCUAAAGCAGGUGCCUACGCCACAUUGAUCAGAUUCCAAGAAAUGGUGAGAAACAGAGAUUUUGCUAACCCAUCAACACGAAGAACACGCUCAACACGCCUCAGCCACUCGCUCUCAACCAAGUCUCUAAGCCUCCGUUCUGGAAGCCUUCGCAACUUGAGCUAUUCCUACAGUACUGGAGCAGAUGGCCGCAUCGAGAUGGUCUCCAAUGCUGAAACAGAUCGGAAAAAUCCAGCACCAAAAGGAUACUUCUUUAGGUUGCUCUAUCUGAAUGCACCCGAGUGGCCUUAUUCAGUAAUGGGAGCUGUGGGGUCUGUGCUUUCAGGUUUCAUUGGGCCAACAUUCGCCAUAGUCAUGAGCAACAUGAUUGAGGUGUUCUACUACACUAAUCCUCAAUCAAUGGAGAGGAAGACCAAGGAAUAUGUGUUCAUCUACAUUGGUGCUGGACUCUAUGCCGUGGUCGCUUACUUGAUUCAGCACUACUUCUUCAGCAUAAUGGGAGAGAACUUGACUACCAGAGUUAGGAGAAUGAUGCUUGCAGCAAUUCUGAGGAAUGAAGUCGGAUGGUUCGACGAGGAAGAACACAACUCGAGCCUGGUUGCAGCGAAACUAGCAACAGAUGCAGCAGAUGUGAAGUCUGCAAUAGCUGAGAGGAUAUCCGUGAUACUCCAGAACAUGACCUCUCUUCUCACAUCCUUCAUAGUUGCUUUCAUUAUUGAAUGGAGAGUCUCACUUCUCAUUCUCGGAACCUUCCCUCUCCUGGUCCUCGCCAACUUCGCCCAGCAACUCUCCCUUAAAGGAUUCGCAGGUGACACAGCAAAGGCCCAUGCAAAGACGAGCAUGAUCGCCGGUGAAGGCGUGAGCAACAUUAGAACCGUCGCUGCUUUCAACGCUCAAGACAAGAUCCUGUCUUUAUUCUGCCAUGAACUCCGCAUCCCACAACUACACAGCUUAAAGAGAAGCCAGAUCUCCGGCCUCUUGUUCGGCCUUUCGCAGCUCGCCCUCUACGCAUCCGAAGCUCUCAUUCUCUGGUAUGGAUCGCAUCUCGUCAGCCGCGGAGUCUCCACCUUCUCCAAGGUGAUCAAGGUCUUCGUUGUACUGGUCGUGACGGCCAACUCAGUCGCCGAAACAGUCAGCCUGGCUCCAGAGAUCAUCCGAGGCGGGGAAGCAGUCGGUUCGGUGUUCUCAAUCCUCGACCGCUCCACCCGCAUCGACCCGGACGAUUCUGAGGCCGAGGUGGUCGAAUCGGUCCGCGGAGAAAUCGAGCUGCGACACGUUGACUUCUCGUACCCGACCAGACCGGAUGUGGCCGUGUUCACGGACUUUAGCUUGAGAAUUCGAGCUGGCCAGAGCCAGGCUUUAGUUGGAGCCAGCGGGUGUGGGAAGAGCUCGGUGAUCGCCUUGAUCGAGCGGUUCUACGACCCGUCUGCUGGCAAAGUAAUGAUCGACGGGAAAGAUAUCCGCCGGUUGAACCUGAAAUCGUUGAGGCAGAAAAUCGGUCUGGUCCAACAAGAGCCUGCAUUAUUUGCUACAAGCAUCUUCGAAAACAUUGCCUACGGCAAAGAAGGCGCGACGGAAGCUGAGGUGAUCGAAGCAGCUCGUGCUGCAAACGUCCACGGGUUCGUGAGCGGGCUGCCCGACGGGUACAGGACGCCUGUCGGGGAGAGAGGGGUGCAGCUUUCCGGUGGGCAGAAGCAGAGGAUAGCCAUUGCCAGAGCCGUGUUGAAGAACCCGGCAAUCUUGUUGCUCGACGAGGCGACGAGCGCUCUCGAUGCAGAGUCGGAAUGCGUGCUGCAGGAAGCCCUGGAGAGGCUGAUGAGGGGGAGGACGACGGUGCUGGUGGCGCAUCGGCUGUCGACGAUUCGAGGGGUGGAUUGUAUCGGGGUGGUGCAGGAUGGGAGGAUCGUGGAGCAAGGGAGCCAUGGUGAGUUGGUUAGUAGGCCUGAAGGGGCUUAUUCGAGACUGCUGCAGUUACAGCACCAUCACAUUUGA